AUGACAGUACCCGGAAAAGACGAUGUGUUCCUGCUACCACAUCAGAAGGUUGUCAACUCUGUCAAUCUCUGUAUAAAUCUUGCAGCCUCACCCGCACUGUUGUGCGGGCGAGCGGGACGUGCUGCUCUAGACUCGCCCGAGUUGUUUGUCGAGCUCGUUUCUCUUUACUUUAACUAUAUACAUAAUAUUGCGCAUUCCGUCUUCCACGAGCCGAGCUUCAUGCGUCGGCUCAAGCAUGGAAAUGCGUCUUUGGUUCAUGUCUACGCGAUGUGUGCAUUAGCUGCUCGCUAUUCUGAUAACCCAAUAUUUUGCAAUAUUCCCCCGUGUGUCCGCGGAAAGCUAUACGCAACCAAGGCGAUCAACUGUUGCCACGAGAAUAUGGUAUCUCCGGACCUGGAGACCGUACAAGGCUUCCUCUUGGUCGGGUAUUACUUCGGCGGAGAAGGAAAUACCCAUGGAAAGUACGUCUAUAUUGGGUUAGCCCGUCUGCAUGCGCAUCUUGUACCCCACGAGAAUUUCACAACUCCGGUACUUCGCGAGGAACAUCGUCGAACCUGGCUUUCUAUUCAGAUCGCCAGUCAUUGGUCUGCUUCAGAUAUGGCUAUGGAACCGACUUCUUUCUUCGAUGAGCCGAUUUACCAACCAAAAAUUGACGACGCAGAAUUUCAUGCACCGGGCCCAGAUCUCUUCGAGGGCCCAGUAUCACCUUCCCCUAAAUAUGGCAUGUGGGCUCAGAUGGCUCAAACUUUGAACAUAUUCACCAAGAUAAAUACUUUGCUACGUCGCCUCAGCCAAGAGUCGAUUCCAUUUCAUCAAUACUGUGAAGAGGCCGCAAUUCUUGAACACGAUCUUGACCGGUGGGAAGAGGACUUGCCCUCCACCCUUAUCUACAACUACGACAAUUUUAUGCAUAUGAUCGGGAAGAAAAUGGGCCAAAUCUUCCUAUCCAUGCAUAUUGGCUAUUAUCACUUUCGCCAGAUGCUUUUCUUCCCCUUUUUGGACUCUCGACUCACACAGUCGACUACUUGCAGUAGAGCGGCAAAAUGCAAAGAGAGCGCUACUAUCGUUUCCAAUAUUUUACGAAACUCAGAGACCACACCAGGGUGUAAGAUGAUUUACUUCAUCUACGGACAUAUUGCAGUCAUCAGCUCCAGUGUUCAGCUCCACACUCUACUUUUCAGUGACGAUCAACCGGAGCGAAAUUUGGCACGAGACGGGCUGGUAUCCAAUUUUCAAUAUCUAAUGAACCUGAAAUUGUAUUGGCGUGUUGUCGAUCAUCAUGUCACCCACUUGAGAAUCUUUCAGAACUCCUGUAAAGACUCAUUGCUGAACCCAUUUGCACUGGAUAGCUGGAUGGCGCGGUUUCUCACUGAGCAUACUUCGGCCCUUUCGCAGAGACUCACAAACGAUCACUACUUUUCUACGGGUGCGGGUAUAGCCGCAGCAGAUCCCAUCAACCCCGUGGGUGGAACUACAAUUGUGAAUAACAGCGGCUCUCAGGUUGAAGAUACCGAUGAACUAGAGGCUGCUGGGACGGAGGAGUCUGAGAUUGGCACCGCCGAUUAUAACAAUCUAUCACGAUUGAUAUGUAACCAAGGGAUGAGUGGUCAAGCAAUUGUUGAUAGUGCUCUGAGUUGGCUUCUAGACGAUCAAGCCCAAGGAGUUCAAGAUAUUUACUAA